AUGAGCCGCCCGUCCUCCGCCGGCCCCAGCGCUAACAAGCCGUGCGGCAAGCAGCCCCCGCCGGCGCACAGCCCGCACGCCGCCCCGGCCCCGGCCCCGGCCGCGGCCCCGUGCCCGUGCCCGGCUGCGCCCCCGGCCGCCGCCACCAUCUCGGCUGCGGGGCCCGGCUCGUCCGCCGUGCCCGCCGCGGCGGCCGUCAUCUCCUCGGGCCCCGGAGCCGGCGGCGGAGCCGGGCCGCCGGUGUCCCCGCAGCACCACGAGCUCACGUCGCUCUUCGAGUGCCCGGUCUGCUUCGACUAUGUGCUGCCCCCCAUCCUGCAGUGCCAGGCCGGGCACCUGGUGUGUAACCAAUGCCGCCAGAAGUUGAGCUGCUGCCCGACGUGCCGGGGCGCCCUGACGCCCAGCAUCAGGAACCUGGCGAUGGAGAAGGUGGCCUCGGCGGUGCUGUUCCCCUGUAAGUAUGCCACCACGGGCUGCUCCCUGACGCUGCACCACACGGAGAAGCCGGAACAUGAAGACGUCUGUGAGUACCGUCCCUACUCCUGCCCCUGUCCUGGCGCUUCCUGCAAGUGGCAGGGGUCCCUGGAAGCUGUGAUGUCCCACCUCAUGCACGCCCACAAGAGCAUCACCACCCUUCAGGGAGAGGACAUUGUGUUUCUAGCCACGGACAUUAACCUGCCGGGGGCCGUGGACUGGGUGAUGAUGCAGUCCUGCUUUGGCCAGCACUUCAUGCUGGUGCUGGAGAAGCAGGAGAAGUACGAGGGCCACCAGCAGUUCUUUGCCGUCGUCCUGCUCAUCGGCACCCGCAAGCAGGCCGAGAACUUCGCGUACAGGCUGGAGCUGAAUGGCAGCCGGCGCAGGCUGACCUGGGAGGCCACGCCCCGCUCCAUCCACGACGGGGUGGCCGCAGCCAUUAUGAACAGCGACUGCCUUGUCUUCGACACAGCCAUAGCACACCUCUUCGCGGACAAUGGGAACCUCGGAAUAAAUGUAACUAUUUCUACAUGUUGUCCGUGAAGUGUCGUAAGGCUUUCAUAAACCAUUGACAUUUAUUUGAGCACAGUGCUCUAUGUUUAAUAAAGUUUUUUAAAUAGA